UCCCACUGUUGUGUUUAUUUUUCCACUGUUUCCUGGUCGUGUGUGUGCGUUUGCGUGCGUGCGUGUCUCCCUCUGUGUAUGUGUGUGUUUGUGUGUGUGUCUCUGUCUCUCUCUGUCUGUGUGUCUGUCUCUCUCUCUGUGUGUGUGUGUGCGUGUUUAUGUGUGUGUGUGUAUGUGUGUGUGCGUGUCUCUGUAUGUGUGUGUGUGUGUGUGUGUGUCUCUCUGUCUCUCUCUCUGUGUGUGUGUGUGUGUGUGUGUGUCUCUGUAUGUGUGUGUGCGUGUCUCUCUGUAUGUGUGUGUGCGUGUCUCUGUAUGUGUGUGUGUGUGUGUCUUCCUCUCUCUGUAUUUGUGUCUCUCUGUCUCUCUCUCUCUCUGUGUGUCUCUGUAUGUGUGUGUGUGUGUGUGUGUGUGUGUGUGCGUGUGUGUGUUUGUGUGUGUGUGUGUGUGUGUGUGUGUGUGUGUGUGUGUGUGUGUGUGUGUGUGUGUGUGUGUGUGCGUGUCUCCCUCUCUCUGUGUUUGUGUGUGUGUGUGUCUCUGUGUGUCUCUGUCUCUCUGUGUGUGUGUAGCCCCGCCCCUCCCGGACACGUUGCCCAGGGAGAGGCUGCACGCGCUCCCCUCUCUAGUCCCCGCCCGCCUCAGCUGCUCUCAUGGUUUCACUCCAUCAUCACUUCUCUCCAGGUCCGGACGCUCGACGCUGCGGGUCCUGGUCUCCCGAGGAACUUCAGCCCGGGUCCGUGAUGCUCUCCGCCGGCUGAGGGUCCAACUCCAACAUGUCCACCUCAGACUCGGAUUACUCCAUCGACUGGCUCGCCAGCGACGAGGAAGACUACGACAACAGGUCCAGUCCUCAGGACGGAGCGGAGCAGGUGUCUCCAUCGUCUUCUUCGUCUUCAUCAGGAGAACCUCCGGCUGCAGCCGCUCACAGCGACUCCUCUGACUGUAAAGAUGGAGGUUCUCCGUCACUCAGUCCACUUCAGGGAUUCACUUCAGUUUCUCCGCAGCAGCCACUUCCUGUGGAGUCACGUGGUUCAAACAGGAAGAGGCCACACAACGCCAGUUUGAACGGACUCUGUGAAGAACCUCAAGAAGACACUGGAGAGGAACUGUUCUCUCUCAAGUGUUCCCAGCUGCAGAGCUACGUCCCUCCUCUGUCGUCCAUCCUGCGCAGCCUGAGGUCCGGACGCUACUCUGAACGUCUCAGCACUUUUCAAGAGAGCGUCGCCGUGGACCGGAUCCAGAGGAUCCUGGGGGUCCUGCAGAAUCCACACAUGGGUGGACGCUUCCUCAGCAUCGUACUGAAAAUAGAAGAAAUGCUUCAGAGUUGGUUUCCUCAUAUUAAAUCAAAUCCUCAGACGGACGACAGCUCGUCGGCCAAGAAGCAGAAGCAUCAUCAUCACAGUGCCUCCCCCCUCCCUCCUCCUCCUCCUCCUCCUGCUGCUCCUGCUGCUCCUGCUCCCUGCUCCUCGGACGUGGAGCCGACAGCCUCCUUCUCUCCUCCUUCUCCUCCUUCUCCUCCUCCUCUCACCUCACAUGUCUUCACUCGUCUCCAGUCUGCUCAGUGAAACCUCUGGAGUCGACGCUCGGCGCUCUGGCCCCCCCCUGCAGCCAGGAGGUGACCCAGGUCAACACCGUCUCCUCCAGCACCGACUCGCUCACCGGGCCCCGGCGCCGCUCCUGCACUCCUCCUCGUCUGAGCCAGGGGGCGCUGCCCUUCAAGAUCAGCUCUCCUUGUCUGGAGCGCUCCUGCAGGCGAAGGACAGCAUCAUCGCUCCCAGGACUGUGGGAGAUGGAGGCUGGUUGUCAUAGCUGAUGAUCUGGGGUCAGAUCUCCACGGCGCCCGGAGCCCGAGAAGCUACAGCCUUAAACUAAAACAUGUUUCAAGUCCCCGGAACCUUCAUCUACAUGAAAUGUAGAAGAUCCACAGUGUUCAGGGUGAAACUCAAAUAAAGACACUGAUUGUUUGUCUGUGAGACGAAUCGUCUUCACUCGUCUUCUGGGACACGUCUCCUCACCUCAGACUGAACGGAGGAUCUGAAAAUGAAUGAAUCGUGAUCGGUUGGAUCAAACUGAGACUUUUCAUCCUGAGGCUUUGACUGUUACGUUCCUCGGAUCUUUUUUAGGUUUGCUCUGAUUCCUCUACCUCAUUCUGAAACCACGUCACAGCUCCACGACACCUGAGCCCACGCUCAGUCAAACAGGAAGUGACUCGAUGGAUCAGAGGGAUUCUAAAGAAGUUCUGAUUUUCAUUUAUGGAAGGUCUUUCUUCUUUCAAACUUUCUCUCACUCUGACGACGUCUGUAAACCUCUUCAUUGAAAUCACCACAGAGGAAACUUCUCUAACUAAUGUAGUUUCAUUUCUCCUGGUUCUGGACAUCGUGAAACUUGGACAAACACAAACAGGGAAGUUUGUUCUAUAAACACUAAAAUGUAUAAGACUUGAUCUGACUCAGGAUUUCUCACCAUGAUAGAAAGAAGCAGUGAUGAGUGAUGUGAUUAAUUUAUUUUGAAACCCUGUUGAACGAGGGAAACCCACUGUUUACUCUGUGAAUUUAAAAUUGACAGGUUUUGAACCGUGUGCGUCUCAGAGAGAAUCGAACAAUGUCUCGAAAAAUGGAUUAACCGACGAUCUUCAAACUGUAACGAGACAUAAACGUGUGUUUAGUAAAGUUGAGGCUUAGUUUGAAAGAUUAAAAAUUUUCGCUGUGACUUGUGAACUGAGUGAGACGAGGACUGAGCGGAGCUGCGUGGACUCAGCUCACCACAGGGGGCGCUGUAUUAACAUGUAGAUUGUGAAUUAAUCACAGAAUUUCAAGUUUGAAAAUGUCGACUUGUUUACUCAAGUUUUCUUCCAGACGUCUGGACGCGUGUUUGAAUCACGAAUCUUUCAAAUGAAGUUAAUUUUUUCACAGUUCUUUUAAGUUAAUGACAGAAGGAAAACAGACUUUAAACAGAAUCACUCGUUUCUAAGUGAUGCAGUCAAACGGCGCCAGCUGCUGGUCAAACGUUGGUAUUGCAGCUUUAUAAAUCAAGUCCAUGAACAAUAAGUAUAAAUAGGUGUGGGUUCAUUCUUCUUAAUAUCGACUCAGAUCCUGACUCUCGAUUCUGCGUCAGACCAAACACUCGUCUCCGAUUGGAUGACGGGAUCAUGUGACGCGGUCACGUGAUCGUCUCAGUGAACCUUCUCUGAACAGACAGUGAUGCAGCGGGACACGUCUUGUUGGACACGUCUCGUUGGACACGUCUCGUUGGACACGUCUCGUUGGACACGUCUCGUUGGACACGUCUCGUUGGACACGUCUCGUUGGACACGUCUCGUUGGACAGCAGGACACCGAACCGGAGCUGAGACCUUUUUCUUGUACAUAGUUGUGUUUUUUUAUUCACUCCUCUCAGAUAUAGACUUUGUGAUAUUUUGUAUUUCUGAAAUAAAGUUGACGUCUUCUUUC